UCGUCUGCUGGCCUCCGAUAUGGGCUCGACUAAUCAGCAUUGAUUUCAUCCACAUUUCCUUAUCAUAUUAACUGUUCCGAAAGCGUAAGGCAGUUGAGGCAUAUCCACAAUGAUAUUUGGAGGUGAGACUGUGGACGAGGUCAGCUUCAGGUUCUCAGAGCUGGUUCCUGUGGUGCUGAUUGCCUGGCUGACAGGCUCCACUCCCUGUGCUGCACAAUAAAGAGCCUUUCAAGCCCAGACAAGACUACAGGGCACUGCCAUGAAGCCAGGUCACGAGCGCAAUCAGGAGUGCCUGCCUCCCAAGAAGAGGGAUCUCAACAACAGCACCAGUAGUAGUAGUGCGGGAGGAGGGGCAGGAAGUGGGGUGGGGGGAGGAGGAGGGGGGAUGGCCACACAGAGCUCAGGGGUCAGUAGUGACACUCAGGGAGGAGGCACAGCAGAAGAGUGGCUGCGUGCCCAGCCUGGUCUACACUAUGGAGUAGAGAGUGCUGAGGGCCUCCAAGGGCUGCCCGUUGACCAGUACAGCAUGCUCUAUAGGGUGGCUCUCCCCUCUGUCUCCUACUCCCAGACCAGUCUACACCCAGUGUUAAGCCAUAUCUCUCCAGCUUACACUGUCCCCUCAUCUCUCCUACAGCAUCAUCCAGGGAUCUCCUAUCCCCCUCUAGGCUAUGCCCAGAUCCCCCACUCCUCUUUCCAGUUUGUCUCCCCAUACGGUGCAGUCCCUUAUGCAGUCCCCCCUGGCUUUGUCCCCAGCUCCCUGAUCUCUCCCUCGGGCACCCUUUCCCAGCCCCACCUGGUCCCCUACCAGUCAGUCAUCCAGGAGGGGGUGGUCUCCCCUCCUACCCAGACCCAUGUAUCUGCCCAUGCCUUUGCCAAAGUGGGGUCGUCUGGAGGUGUCCCGCUGAUGCUGACCUCGGAGCAGGCUGCCCAGCACCAGCAGCACCUGGGUGCGCUGCCCGCCGCAGAGCUCAGUCCUCGGGGAGUACCAGUCUUUUACCACUCUCGGGGAACUAGGGCUGCACCUGCCCCCUGGGACCCCUACGGCGGGGAGCAGGAGACAGACGGGGAUAGGGAGGUGAAUGGAGGGGAGAGGGAGCAGGCAGCCAGGGAGAUGCCCCAGGACUCAGUCUACAAUGCCAGGAAUGCACGGCUGCUGCAGGCAGCAUCUGCCUCUGCAGCACUGGAGUAUGCACAGGACAGAAGCCUGAAGAGCCGCAGGCUGGACGAGAGGGCUUCGCCUGGGCAGCGCAGCACCCCAGACACUGACCUGGAGGUUCAGCAGGUCGUUGGUCGCCUAGCCUCUCCUGUCCAAGGUGUGAGUGGAGGCCGCAAAGAGGUGUCCUUUGGUCCCCUGAACCUAUCCCAGGGCUCUCAGAGAGGCAGAGAGGCUCAUGGGGAGGCAGGGGAGAGUGCUGGCCGGACAGGGUACGCGAUCCACCCUGCGGUGUAUGGAGACCCCCGAGUGAUGGCCCAUCAACAGCAGGCAGGGCAGCCAGGCCACGCUGUCAUCUUGGCCAAUGGACAGACAGUCCUGGUCCCCUUAGACUAUCACCACCUCCCCCACCAACAUCAACAGCCACCCCAGCACUACCCCAGCCAAACCAAUGAUGACACCUCUGCUGUUACCAUGGCCUCCCCCACCCCCUACUCUAAAGCCUCUGAAUCUCCAGCCAGAGUGUGCCUCCCAGACAGGGCUGUGGUGGAGCUGGCCGCCGUGGAGCAGCACCCCCAGCAGCCUUUUUCUGUCCCAGUCACGGCAGCCCUCACGCAGGCCCCGGCGCCCACCCCUGCCCCCUCCAAUCCCUCCCAUUUCAUGAAGGGGGCCAUCAUCCAGCUGGCCACGGGGGAGCUGAAGCGUGUGGAGGACCUGCAGACUCAGGACUUUGUGCGGAGUGCUGAGGUGAGCGGGGGGCUGAAGAUCGACUCCAGCAUGGUGGUGGACAUCAGGACCAGCCAGCAGAGACCCGGCCUGGUGGUGCUGCACUUCACAGUUGGCGAGCAGCAGAGCAAGGUGACCAUCGACGUGCCCCCGGAGCACCCCUUCUUUGUGUUUGGCCAGGGCUGGUCCUCCUGCAGCCCAGAGCGCACGGCCCAGCUCUAUGGCCUGGCUUGCCACCACCUGCAGGUAGGAGACGUGUGUGUGUCCAUCACUCUGCAGCAGCCGCCCCAGCAACAGAAACAGCCCCUGCAGCAGCAGCAGCAACAACAACAACAACAACAGCAGCAGCAGCAGACCCAAGCCAGGACUUCCACCAAAGCCAACUCCACAUCAGGGGCCAUCGGCCAGCCCAUGGGGCCCCCUGCCCCCCAGCAGCCCAGGCCACAGCCUCACUUCAGGAUGGAACGCGUCCACAGGGAGAGGGUGGAUAAAGAGGAGCCCAUGCAACUAGGGGGUGUUGGGCAGAGUGAGAUGCCUACCAGACCAAAUAGGACUUCAGCAGAGCAAACUAGGAGCCAGAGCAGUUACUAUUUGCACACGGAGGGUUCUGCUCGUCCAGGGGCGGGGUUGGGAGUGGUGUCGACAGUGUUGAGCGCGUCUCAGAGGCGCUGGUCCGCCCCCGGCCUUCAGAGAUGCAUGAAGGUGGAGGAAGGGGCGCACCCUCAGUUGGGCUCCUCUCGACCCUCCUUCAUCCCACAGGAGGUCAAACUGUCCAUUGAGGGGCGCUCUAACGCUGGGAAGUAGCACCAACCACAGCAGUCCACACCACAGAAGAGACUGUCAGAGGAGCGAAAGCAUCAGAGAGGGAGAAAGGGGAUAAAUAGUGGAAAUGUAGCCUCAGAAUGUUUAAUAUUUUGCACACCUAAUAAGAUUACAAGCUCUUUGUUUUCAGAGGAACUACCUGGUCUUGUGGCUGGUCAGGUCCGCUCUAUUUGGUAGUCAGUCGGUCAGGACAGCUCCUGGUCCAGUGAUCAGGAGAUUGGGUCUCUGCUCUCCCAGGCUGACAGGGAGCGGAUGCAGAAGCAGGGAGUGUAUGUAGCUGGUGAAUCACCUACCAAAGUCUUCAGACUGCAUCUUCCUUCAUCCCUACCAACCCCUCAGAACCAUCCUUAUCACAGGUGAACCAACCCUCAGAACCAUCCUUAUCACUGGUGAUCGCAUUCACUGGACGUUCUCUCUUCUUUGACCAAACCAUCUCUGGAAACCCAAGACUGGGGAGAAUAUGUAGCCCAUGUCUGGUAAACAGACACCGGGUCUGACAGUGAUAAGAACAUAGCUAUCCUAUUAUGCUCGGUCUCCCCCACAUUUCUAUUUUGGUCUGUUACCUUCAAAAGCGUUCUCCCAAAAAGAAAAAAAGACUAAAGGCACACUUGCGGAGCUGAAUUGCUGGCAUCGGCACAUAGAUGCUUUUCCCUCCAAUGAUGUUGGUUCUCUUGAUGCAGACUCUUGACGUGUCAUCGUCACUUAGUGUGCUUCUCUAGUAGGAGCAGAGGACUUCUACCAAGGCGCAGACACUCUCCCUCAUCUCCCCGCCUCUCCUCGUAGGGCCCAGUCUGCUGAGAGAGGGUCUGAAAGGAGGGUAGGCAGCCUUAGAGGUCUUUCAAUCAGCUCCUUCAAUCAACCAAUCAGAACCUAGGAAACCGCUCACUCCUUUUGUAAGGCAACAAACCACGCUACCCCGUUUUUCAUUUUACACCCCACUUUGUGCCACGGUUACAUGUCAGUUUUCAUUUUGAAAGAAACCAAAAGAGAUCAUGCAUUCCAGGAUCCUAGUGAUUAUCAUAGUGACCACAACACUCAUCUUCCCGAAUGCAGCCCUCCCUACCUGCUACACUUCUCAGCAUUCCUCUGAAUGGUGACUGUUUACUGUCAUUGUGUUAGUAGACACCACUACUGGAGGCACGGGCUGGUCUCCACCAAUGUCACCUGUGGGAAUGAUGCCUGCAUGGAGCAGUACUGGCUGAGAGAGUGAAACCUCCCCAUAGAGCCAUGUUGGCUCUCUCAGUACAGCAGCCCCUGUGCCUAUGAGGGGGAAUCCUGUGUGUGUUGGAGAGGAUUGAGUUGGCCCUGCUUCAUACCGUUCACACUAUUGUCCCAACACAAACUGGGGGGGAAUAUUUUGGCUUGCUUUCCAGUGAAUAUAAUUUGUUUAAGGUUACCCUGCCAUUUUCCAGCCUGUUUUAGGUUGUUCAUGGCUAGCUAACUAUGUGCCUCUGCUCGUUUAAAAGCAGGAUGGCACUACUUAUGUUAUCUGGCCUGGUCAGCUUACACGACUGUGUGAAAUGGGUAUAUGAGACCAGUCAAUCCUUGCUCAGUUACCAAAAUCAAAGCAAUAGUGUAUUUUCUGUUUAUUUGGGGUUUUGUGUAUAUUUUGUUAUUGUUUUUAUAUAAAUAUACAGCUUGUGUAUCAGACCUAAUACUAUCUUUAACCCUGACCUGAAACGUUCCUGCUUUUCAAAGGUGAUGCACAACUUGUCUCUGAAAUGUUUUGAUCUUUGUUAUUACAGAUUCACAAUCAAAGCAUGCCUUUUGAAAGUAUUUUUAUUUCAAAAACCAUGCAUUUAUUCUGAAGAGAAUAGUCUCCUUUUUGAUGGACUGGAGGUUCGGGCUCUGAUCCUCACUGAUAGUAUUCAUUAUGGUUUUAUAUGGUUACCCUAUAUAGUUACUCUAUAUGGUUUUAUAUGGUUACCCUAUAUAGUUACUCUAUAUGGUUUUAUUCAAGUGCAUCUCCAAGAGAGGCUUGACUCCAAAUCAGUGGUGAGCAUCUUAACUCUCCUCUGUUUUGUCCUCUCCAUUGUCUUUUAAUCUACUUGUGUACAUGUAGAAUUGUUUUAUUCUGUCCAUGGCAAUAUUAUUUCCAGUGGACCUUAAGAUUGUCUUGUAUUGCACAUAGAAAACUUCACCUGUUGAUUCACACUGACCUUGUAACGGGAAUCACAAAUAGUUUUUUUUUUUUUUUUUUUUUUUAUGAAGGGAAAAUGUUUUUGUAGCUAUUACAUUUUUUUUGAAGUGUUCUUAAGGUAGUUUUGGCAAUAGAGAAACUGACUUGCAUGGUUGACACUGUUUACAAAUUAGCCAAGAAAAAAUGCUGCAGUUUCCUUUUUCGGACACAGAUUUUAGUCACAGAAACUUCAAGUGGAUGAAAUCAAGAUGAAGUGCAAUUAGAGCAGAUGCAAAAAUCACACAGACAUUUAGUUUGAUAUGUCGUUCUAUAAAGCAGACAGACAUUUAGUUUGAUAUGUCGUUCCAUAAAGCAGACAGACAUUUAGUUUGAUAUGUCAUUCCAUAAAGCAGACAGACAUUUAGUUUGAUAUGUCAUUCCAUAAAGCAGACAGACAUUUAGUUUGAUAUGUCAUUCCAUAAAGCAGACAGACAUUUAGUUUGAUAUGUCAUUCCAUAAAGAAGACAGACAUUUAGUUUGAUAUGUCAUUCCAUAAAGCAGACAGACAUUUAGUUUGAUAUGUCGUUCCAUAAAGCAGACAGACAUUUAGUUUGACAUGUCGUUCCAUAAAGCAGACAGACAUUUAGUUUGACAUGUCGUUCCAUAAGGCAGACCGACAUUUAGUUUGAUAUGUCGUUCCAUAAAGCAGACAGACAUUUAGUUUGAUAUGUCGUUCCAUAAAGCAGACAGACAUUUAGUUUGACAUGUCGUUCUAUAAGGCAGACAGACAUUUAGUUUGACAUGUCGUUCUAUAAGGCAGACAGACAUUUAGUUUGACAUGUCAUUCCAUAAAGCAGACAGACAUUUAGUUUGAUAUGUCAUUCCAUAAAGCAGACAGACAUUUAGUUUGAUAUGUCGUUCCAUAAAGCAGACAGACAUUUAGUUUGACAUGUCAUUCUAUAAGGCAGACAGACAUUUAGUUUGACAUGUCAUUCCAUAAAGCAGACAGACAUUUAGUUUGAUAUGUCAUUCCAUAAAGCAGACAGACAUUUAGUUUGAUAUGUCAUUCCAUAAAGCAGACAGACAUUUAGUUUGAUAUGUCAUUCCAUAAAGCAGACAGACAUUUAGUUUGAUAUGUCAUUCCAUAAAGCAGACAGACAUUUAGUUUGAUAUGUCAUUCCAUAAAGCAGACAGACAUUUAGUUUGAUAUGUCAUUCCAUAAAGCAGACAGACAUUUAGUUUGAUAUGUCAUUCCAUAAAGCAGACAGACAUUCCACUUAGCUUAUGGUAAUUUUGUUUUUCUUUUUAUCUUCUAAAAUGUCUUCACUGUUAAUCCUCUUGUCAGACAGACAUUUCACCUCAGUUUUGUCUAGUUUUAAUGUCUCUGGUCACUUCUGAACCGAUAGUCCUUGUCUGCAAAUAAUUUGUAUUUGUUUUGAUAUCACCUGUGUCACAUGAUGUGCUCCAACACAGAUCCAAGCAUUAAUAUCCCAGGCUCACCGAUACAGUGUGAGAAGGUAACUGUGUGUUAGAUCAUCUAUCUGCUGGCCUGUCUCCUUGUAUCCUGGGCUUUGAGCUCUGAGGUGAAGACUGGUGAUUGUGUGGGGUGACAUCCAAUGCCUUCUAACGGACUUGAGUCCCUCAUCCACGCUAUUUAUAGACGGCUGUGUCAAAUCUAGUUCAUACACCCCUUCCAACCCCACCACCCUACUGCCUCCAGAACAUUUCUGUUGAGUGGAGCCUCCAAGGACACACGGUUCACUGAGGAUAAAACCUCAGACAGUCUUUGACAACAAGCCAUGAGAGAAUGUUCCUGAAGGAGAGGGGCGGUCCGUUAGGCCUGAUCAUGGCAGAGUCACAUGCCAUUUGAUACAGUCAUAACAACCAAUCUGUAAUUUUGUUGAAAUAUAAAUGUUUUUAAAUACGGUAGUGGUUAAAUGCCAUACAGAGAUGAGCUGGAUGAUUUUCCACAGUGGAGCAGUAGACAUUUAGUCAUAAAGGCUCAAUACUUAUUAAUUUAUUUUUUACAGUAAUUUACGUUUGUUACAUUUUUUUAUGCUAUAAGCAAUACAGUUAAACAGAAUACCUGAAAAUGUGUCAUGUAGUUUAAGGAUGUGCUAUGCAGUAAACUGAAGUAUUCUGCUCUUCAGUGACCAAGUGUACCUACUACGGGAUAGGACAGGUUUGUAAUGUAUGUAAGAAGGUGGCUGAUGCAGUCAUUGUACACUGAUCUCUCUGAGUACUAUAGCUUAUCAUUGCCCACCAUUGGGUGUCUGAAUAUAGUGGAUUUAUUUUGUUUUUGUUUGGUUGUUUUUGUUCGGACCCUUAGUUGUCACUAACCUAAGUUCAGCACAGUGUUUUGUUCCAGUCAGCUCAGCCUGUUACCUCCACCUUCCGCUGCCAGGUAGUACAGGCCAAAUCAUGACCAGAGAUGGGUAUGCAUGUGUAACUCAAAUUUUUAUGUAAAUCUGUCAUUGACGUCUAUGGAUUUGUGCUGAAAUUCAAAUUAUGUGCAUGGAUAUCCAGUUAGAUUUUGGCCUUACGAUCUCUCUUGGUCACGUGUAGCAAUCCCUUGGUUAGAUAUGGUAUGAAUGUUAGUGUGUAUUCAGCCCUGUAGGGUCAGAGUCUUCUCUUUGGUGAACUUUUACUCUCCAAAAUGUACUGCCUUACCAAGGGCUCUCAGCUGGGCCUGUCUCACAUUUUUAUAGGAGAUGGUGUGGAGAGUGCAGAUGCUCUGAAAAAGGACUCUGUCAACGGCCUGCCUGUGUCUGUGCACUGUUGUCAAAUGUUUUGUGAAUGGGGUUGCAUCUCAUGUCCCACCUCCCUGGGGGCUCUUCUAGAAAGCAGGAUCAAUGAGUUAGCCAGCUAACAGUCCCCCAAAAACAGGAAGAACUGCAUUUUUUUCUAGAUAUAUGAACUUUGAAAUUUGUAAUGGUAUAAUUGACUUGACAACCAACAAUCCAUAUUCGGGUUUAGUUUUCUAAAUAAAAAUCAGAUGUAUUUGACUGUUUAUCAAAGUUACCUGGCUACGGUAAUGAUCCUGCUUCCUGGAACACCCCACUGCUCAUCAACACACUCUUUCCUCCAGAUAUUCUUACUUCAGUAAAAUAUUAUUAACAUACAGAACUUCUGUCUUACCACCUCCUCUCCACCCCUUGCCUUGCCACACAACAUGUGUAUCAAACACAGUAUUCUGGUCUGGGACAACCAUUCUAGGUGCAAAGCAGUGCCUCCUGUUUAUUUACCUCUUCCUCUCUGUCUUGAACACGGUAUGAGGCAUUGGCUGUAUGACCACUCUGACUCUCAGCAGACAGUCAGGUGGACAGGCACAUUAGCAGCACGCCAUCUGUUACACUCAGACUAGCAUCGUUCUCAGACGCUCGGAGCGUGAAAGUGCUACUUCAGCCGUUUUCUACGUUCUUCUCUUGACUCUAACCAUCGUAAGAAAGGGGAAACAUUUGACCUGUACGUUUUUGACCCCACUCUUCUUAUUACAUAGUCAAAAAAAUUGCACUAAUUUGCCAUCCUUCAUAGUAUUAUAAAAUUAACGGUUAGUUAAUUGAAGUUUUUAAUUAGCGCUAAACACAAAACCCAAUGAAACAAUCACUUGUCAGUUGUGCAUGUUUGUAGAGAUAAUGUUUUGUAUGGCUAUUAUCAAGCUUGUCAAUAAUGCCUUAAGAUCUGUACAAUGUGUUAAUGGAAUGAUGCUUAUAAGUGACCCAGUUUCCCUGUUUUUCUGUAGCUGCAAAGGUGGAUCAGUUCACUCUUGUUGUAUUGACCCCUCUUGGCACUCUCCUGGUGUUUUAUUCAUAAGCAGAAAGGCAUUUGGUUAUGGACUGUAUCUCCGGAUAGGGAGAGGUUACAGUGAGGGAUCAUGUUAGGGUGAGUCCCUAUCGCUGCUUGAAAGCUGGACCAGUAACUGACUCACUGUUGUUUUUUUUUUACACACACACACACCACCCUCUGUUGUUAAUGUGAGUGCAUGUUGGGAGUAGGUCCCGGAAGGUGAGAGGUUGUGCUCAAUGUAUUUUUAUUCUGGUCCUGUCUGAUCUACUUGGGAGAGAAUGUGAGGCUUUUCAAACCAGUGACAACUUUCUUUAUUGGUAAUUGUAUGGUCUGUUUUUGUUUUGUGAUUAUGGAAAAAGGCUUUAUGACCCCUGUAUAAAGUAGCCCUGUUGGUCUGAUCUUGUAUGACUGAGGUAAAUAGACUGGAUGGGAUGGUGUUGUUGCCAGGCACUAGAGAUGCAGAAUUAAAUCAGGAAGAUGAGAAUGGUUAAAAGUUAAUGGAGUCGUUGGGUAUUUUCAGAUUUGACAUUUGUAUUUUGGCACUAAAGUUACUGCUUUUUACGUGACAUUUGACCAGUUUUAAAAGAAACAGCAUCUUUUUUUUUUAAGUAUAAAAUCUGCAAAAUAUAUGCAAUGAUGUAUGUAAUAUUCAAUCCUCAAAUAUAAUCCAGGUUGUAUAAACUUUUGUAUAGUGAGUUUUAAUAUCGUAUGGCCGUACCAAUAUGUAUUGAUUCGUAUCAAAAGCCUUAGUUGUCUAUCCAAAGUGCUCCCUUAGAAUACAGUACCCUACACCUACCUGAACUUUACAAAGCAUUAAUAACUAUAUUUUGUUGCGUUUUUUUAUUUGUACCCUUUUUUGAAUAAAAUAGAUUUGUACUGUAUAUUUGUACCGCUGUGAACUACUUAAGGCUGUUUUGUUUUUGUUUUGCUGUUUUAAUUCUAUGUACUUAAGGACACAAAGAUAUUGUAUUUUUAUUGUUACAGCUAACUUCUUGGAGACAUUGCAUUUAUCAUGUUUGUUAAGUAAACACAAUAAUAUAUAUAUAUAUACUUACUAUUA